CGGACCCUAGCGAUGGUUGCCACGGGCAUGGCGGUGGCCGGAGGAGCGCGGGCUCGGGCACUGCGGCCCCUCUUUGGCUGCGGCCACCGCGCGCGGUCAGCCGUGGCAGCGACCCAAGCGGGGCCUCGAGGGCUGGUCUAUGAGCAGCAUGGAGAGCCGGCUCAGGUCCUACACCUAAAAGACAUAGAUUUAGCAAAACUGGGGGAUUCUGGAGUCCGUGUGAAAAUGAUUGCAGCUCCUAUCAAUCCAUCAGACAUCAAUAUGAUUCAAGGAACCUAUGCCAUUCUUGCUGGCUUACCUGCAGUUGGUGGGAACGAAGGAGUUGGGCAAGUGAUGGACACAGGGAAUUGCGUGACUGCUUUGAAACCAGGAGAUUGGGUGAUUCCAGCUGAUGCAGGACUUGGAACUUGGCGAACAGAAGCAGUAUUUGAUGAGAAAACUCUGCUGAAAAUUCCAUCGGAUAUUCCAUUGACUUGUGCUGCCACACUGGGUGUUAACCCCUGCACAGCUUAUCGGAUGUUGUCUGAUUUUGAGAUUUUGGAUCCAGGAGAGUCUGUCAUCCAGAAUGCAGCCAAUAGCGGAGUGGGACAGGCUGUGGUCCAGAUUGCAGCAGCCAAGGGCAUCAAAACAAUAAAUAUAGUAAGAGAUAGACCAAACCUCCAGGAUCUUACAGACAGACUUAAGUCCCUUGGAGCAGACUAUGUUAUCACAGAGGAGAUGCUAAGAAAACCAGAAAUGAAAGAGUUGUUUAAGGAAAUUCCUAAGCCCUCAUUAGCUCUGAAUGGCGUUGGAGGGAAAAGUGCUACUGAGCUGAUGCGUCACUUGCGGCAUAGUGGGACCAUGGUUACCUACGGUGGGAUGUCAAAGCAGCCUGUGACAGUCCCUGUGAGCGCAUUGAUCUUUAAGGAUAUCAAGCUUUGUGGCUUUUGGAUGACCCAGUGGAAGAGGGCCAAUAGCCAGAACAAGGAGAAGCUGGAAACAAUGAUAGCAGACCUGUGCAGUCUCAUUCGAAAGGGUCAACUGGUUGCUCCGAUGUGCCAAGAAGUCCCUUUGUUAGAUUUCCAAGCAGCUUUGAAGGUCUCCCUGGAACCAUAUGUAUCAGUUAAGCAGAUCCUCCGGAUGUGAAACUAGUCCGAUGGGAAAAUAGCACCCAAGUAUUUCCAGUGGACUUCAGUCCCAGGAGGCCUGAGUGAUUCAGAAUUACAGAACUGAACUGAUUUAUAUCCCCUCAUCCAUCCUCUGGCUCAACAGGGAGAAACAGGGGAGCAAACAGUGCAGGCUUAACAUAUAUAGGAAAUCACUAAUAACUAUGAUGGUAUGGGAGCUAAAGCAAUUCUGGUUUCUACACAACCAGGGAAUUCUUGUAGACUUGAUACAAGUGUGGAGGAAAAGAGACAUUUCAGCCCAUGGAAGACCUGCUCUCAACAGUUCUUAUCCUGGAGACACUCCAUCUAUGCUGAUGUAUGUGUGCACAUUCAGAAUAUCUACUAUCAGACAGUGUGAUGAGACUUCCUCAGGAGUGGGAUGAGAUGGGGCAGAGGCUGGUAAAAGACUUUAUAGAAAUCUAAUUCUAAUUCUGCAGAUUAUAAUGAAUGAGCUGAGCUAGGUAGCUUUUAGGUAUUUUCCUCCUUUACAGAAAUAGGAUGCUGUUGACAAUUUGUGCCGCAUUGGACCAAUCCUUCUCUUUUCCUGAGCAAAAGGAGUCUGACAAGUCAGUCAUUGGACUAGAAAAUCAUAGUGGAUGCAUUCAGCUCCAAAAUUAGUUCUGUGGCUUCUAAGGCAGCUUUCCCCAACUUCACAUUUGACUUUCAUAAUUCUUGGCCCACAUAACUGAUAUGCUGGCUGGGAAUUAUAUGAACCAGUCCAGAAUAUUUGGGGGGACACCGGGUUGGGGAAGAAUGUUCUAAGCCAUUCUGAUGCAUUCUCAAAGCUAUGCAGCAGCAGCAGGUGUUAGAAAUAGAGAAUGAUCUGUGCUGUAAUAUGCAAGAAGGAAAACUAGUUUCACUUAGUAGGUUUCUUAGUAGCUCCUUUUCAUUCUGUUGAGCAUUGUUAGUUUAUUAAAGGUGGAUGGCAUAACUCAGGAGGGGUAAGUAGCCCACCAAGGUGUUUUCCUUGGAGCAGCCAGCUUGCAGGGGAGUUUCUAAACGGCUGCUGCGUAAUCUGAGAGCCCUGAUGAGUCAAAUGUAGCCUGCAACAUCGAAAGUUCUUUCCUUUGGGAUAUGAUGUCUGAAAAAGAACAGGUUUUUUUCAAAUAAUUUUAUUAAGAAUUAUAAAUGAAAAGAAUAAAAGCCAAUACAGGCUACAGAAACUACAAACAGAACAAUACAAAAGAAAGGAAAGUGUAAAAAAGAAAAUAGAAAAAGAAAGAAGUAACUUCCC